CUUUAUUUCAUUUUUCUCAUACUUUAUCGUUGGGCAGCCUUCAUUUCAUCUCAGUUACGCCUCAGGGCAUUUCAUUUGAUUUUAACUACGCGGAUAUAUCAGUUGCAAACAUGUCUGCGAAAGUCAAGGAAACCGUGUCCGAAGAGGUCGUCCGUGUUCGAGGCUUGACUGCCGAUGCGGCGCGUUCUGGAGCUUAUUUGUAUCCUUUGAAGGGAAUUGCAUACUUCGCCACCCACCGCAGUUUAUGGAAGCCCUUUCUCUCAAAGCUUCUGCCGACCAUUACCUUGGGCAUUGGAGUGACGGCUACAAUGUUCGUCUUUACGUAUCUUCCGCAAGCCGCGGUGCUGGCUGUGGUCAACGGGCCUCUGGCUGCUUUCACGACAGUAUUGCUCGUGCUCAAUGAAAGCUCGACUAUUUUCACGAUCCUCAGCAAAACUUUCUUGAUAGAUGAUGCCUUGAUUGACACAUUUGAUGGGACGCUUGUUGCUAAGGGAAUGACUGGCGUCGUAUCCGACGGCCGAGAGAUCAAGCGCGGAAAUGACCCUAUUUCGAAGCUGGGAAAGCUUAUCAAAAAACCAUUUUCCAGCUUCACACCGCAGGCCAUCAUUCGGUAUUUCAUGUACCUCCCUCUGAACUUCAUCCCUGUCAUCGGUACAAUAUUGUUUUUGGUUCUUCAAGGCAAGAAAGCGGGUCCUACCGCCCAUGCCCGCUAUUUCCAGUUGAAAGAGUGGUCAAAGUCCCAGCGAGCUGCGUUUAUUCACCAGAACCAGGGCGCUUAUACGAGUUUUGGCCUCAUUGCCGUUUUACUCGAGCUCAUUCCUGUUGCAUCCAUUCUGUUUUCCUUUACUAACACAGUGGGCGCGGCUCUCUGGGCGGCUAAUAUCGAAAAAGAGUCGACGACUGCACCAAAUUUGCGCGAACAGGCAAAGAAGGCUGAGUAGCCUCAUAUCAAUUCGGCAUUGAGAGACGCAUUACCGGGACAAUAAGCUGGCCGCUCAUACUGCCCCGUCCCCAGCGACGGUCUAUGGUUGCAACAUCCCAGAAGGGAUUCUUUUUCAAAAUUUUAAUCCUGUCGGAGAAGUUUUUAUUCCCAGCAAAUACCUAUAUUCUCGAUAUGCCUUUGUAACGUUAGUUUUCAUUUUCUGAAAGUAUCUGAAUAAUUCUAAGCGGCUGCAGGUUCAGUUUAUUGAGGGCGCCCUCAGAGCGGUCACUCACUCUCUGGAGUAUUUCUCCGCGGUAAUCAAGUGGG